AUGUCAUCAUCUUCCUCAUCCCCGAAUGGCUCGGUGCAAUUGAGGGCACAACAGCGACGCCCUCAACUAUCACCACAACAAGCACGCGCUCAACCACAACUUGUGUCACCGCUCCGUCGUUUACCGGUGCUCAAUCUCAACCCACAGGCGCCACCAUUUGUGCCGCAAAAUGCUCAGCCCGCUUUUGUGUUGCCGGUAGUCCCUUUGCUACCACCAGCGCCGGCUCGUCGUCGUCUUGCCGCCAAUCCACCGCCACAAGCAAAUGUUCAACAGCUGCGUCACCUACCUGCAAGGCGCCGUCUCCGAGGUGUUCGCGAACCACAACCAUCCACAACCACCGCCGUCACUUUGGAUUCAGCUGGAGAGCAAUUGGUGAAGGAGAUUGCUGAUGAUCAUCGUGCCCGUUUGCGUCGAUUCACGCACAACUGUGAUAUGUCGCCACCAAAAAAGAGCCACUCCAAUUUUCCGAUUGAAGAUUAUGAGCAAUCGCUCUCAGCGGUUCGUCAUCGAGAAGAAUUGAAAUUACUUGAUGAGGUUUAUCUAGCUUCUACGGAAACUUACUCACUUUGGCCAAAUCAUCGUCGUGCUAAGCUUCUCUAUCAGCUCAAUGCGUGGUUGGAGCGUUUUCACUUUGAGAAAGAACAUUUAACCAACUUGCGACAAGAGCUCGCAGCUCGCCGGAGUCAACUCAAAAACGAUCGAAAACUGCUCACCUCGAUUGGAUCUAUGUUGAAAAUGACUUCCGCUGGAUUGAGCGAUGAUCAUUUCGUUGAUGAUUCGUUCAAUUUACGGCUUGAUCGGAGUCAAGAUUGUGAACUGAUGUCUGUAUCGAAGACGGGUUUUGCGUUGAAGCGUCGUUUCGCUACGUGUGAUUCAAGGGAUUACGCGAUUGAGCAAGGCACCACACAGUUCAUCGUGAUGGCUUCGGUGAAAAAGCUGGCCGAGAUCGCGACAGUGUUGGAUCCGGCUGUAGAGAAAAAUAUCGGUUUUGGGCAGGUGAUCGCCUCGGAUUCACGAAAUGAAGAGCUCGUCGAUCAAGAGGCUUUCUCUUUUCAAAUCACAGCAAAGGAGUUUGCGGUGCCUAGCGAUGAGACAACCUAUUGGUGCAUUGUGCAAAAGAUGCCAGAACAGGUCGCUAUGCUGAAACAUCAUGCGAUAAAGAUGGAAGCAAUUGUGCAAGAUGGCAAUGAGCACCUUGUACAUCACAUGGAGAUAUUUCAUUGUGAGAAGCCGCAGAAGAAAGAGUACGAGGGUCGGUGUCGAGACAAAUGGAGGCCAAGGGAUUCGAACUCUUGCAAUCGAGUGAUCGCUGCUUGGGCCAAAGGAGCACAGGCAUUCAUCUAUCCACCCGAAGCCGGUCUUCCAUUAGGCGGACGAGACUCGGUUCCAUACAUAAUGGUCGAGAUUCACUACAAUAAUGAAAAACGCGUGUCCGGUGUGGUUGAUAGUUCCGGCUUCAAGUUCACCGUGACGCCGAAUUUAAGAGCCAACGACGCGGGAAUCAUGGAGAUCGGCUUGAUCUACUCGGACACGAUGUCCAUUCCACCACAGCAACGCGCUUUCCCAUUGACCGCAUUUUGCCCGUCGGCUUGCACAAAGCUGUACCCUGACGAGGGCAUCAACAUUUUCGGCUCACAACUCCACGCACAUCUCACUGGGCGAAAGCUUUGGACAUCGAUUUAUCGAAAGGGUGUGAAAAUCGGUGAGAUCAAUCGUGACAACCACUACUCUCCCCAUUGGCAACACAUACAAAAACUUGAGCCAAGCAUUCGCGUGAGACGAGGCGACGUUUUGAUGACGACUUGUGUCCACGAGACGAUUGACCGAAAAUCGACGACUUUUGGUGGCUAUUCAAUCAUCGAUGAGAUGUGCGUCAACUAUCUUUAUUACUAUCCGCAAUCCGUGGUCAACGUUUGUAAGAGUUCGGUCAACAAUGACACCCUCGCACGCUUCUUUCAGCUCAAUGGUGUCCCCUCAUCAAUAAAAUUGAUCUCCGAGCGGUAUGACUCGAUUGAAUGGAACGGGGAAAAUGUGAAGGAUUUAAUGGAAAUGUAUUCGACCGCAUCACUCAAUAUGCACUGUUUACAAGAUGACGGGACAUUGUUCAAGGAUCGCGAAGUGAACUGGUCGAGUGUUUGGCGUCCUCGAGCCAUCGCCCCGCCAUUCGACCGAUCUCCGCAACGUGUCGAGUGUCCGGCGAUCAAUGAC